GGGACUAAAAUGUUUAUUUGUGCGGCAAUCCACAAUCGAGGGCUCAUCUGUGGACAUCUCGGUGUGAUUUGGCGUCCAUUUUGCCCCCACAUGAGUAGCCAAUGCAGGCAGGGUGAUGAUGCAUGCAUGCGUGUGUGUGUGUGUAUAGCUGAUGUGUUAAUGAAUGCACCGCAGUGUGCAUCACUAUAGACAAGCUUUGCAUGCUUGCAGCUUCACUACGCGUGUGUCCAUGACGUCCAUGACCCACAUCCGAGCAGCUGAGCGUUGAUGAUGAUGAUGAUAGGCCCUUUGGUGCCGGCUUCCUGCUAGAGGAGGAGCAGCGCGAGAGGAAGGAGAGCGGGGACGAGCGUCCAAGACCCAACCUCCGCUGGCACCGGCUACUCCACUGAGAAAGACAGCGAGGAAAGAGAGGACGAGCAAGGGAGUGUUCCGUGGAGAGAGCGAGGGGGGGAGCGGCUGAGAACAGUCGAUGGAUGCUGUCCGGAUUGGAGGGGCAGCACGUUCUUCACUGACGACGAAAGGAAAGAUUUCAAAAUUGAGUCGAAGGAUAGAAACUCGCCGUCAGGCAUGGUGUGUGAGAAGGGGAUCCAGAUCCUCCUCACCACCGUGGGGGCGUUCGCCGCCUUCGGCCUGAUGACGGUGGCCAUAGGGACGGACUACUGGCUGUACUCCCGUGCCCUCAUCUGCAACAGCACAGCCAACGUCACCCAGGACGACCCCCAUAACAAGGACAAGAAGGACCCGGGGGCUCUCACCCACUCUGGGCUGUGGAGGAUAUGCUGCCUUGAAGGUGUAAAGCGAGGCGUGUGUUCACAGAUCAACCACUUCCCAGAAGACGCCGACUUUGACCACGACGGGGCGGAGUACGUCCUACGCGUGGUGAGGGCUUCCAACAUCUUCCCCAUCCUCAGUGCCAUCCUGCUGCUACUGGGCGGCGUCUGCAUCGCUGCCAGCCGUUUCUACAAGAGCAAGCGCAACAUCAUCCUGGGAGCCGGGAUUCUCUUUGUGGCCGCAGGUCUGAGCAACAUCAUCGGCGUGAUCGUGUACAUUUCGGCGGCACUGGGCGACAUCUCUCCAAAGAAGGAUGAGGACAAGAAGUGGCAGUACUCGUACGGGUGGUCCUUCUAUUUCGGGGGUCUGUCCUUCAUCAUGGCGGAGAUGGUGGGCGUGCUGGCGGUCAACAUCUACAUCGAGAAGAACAAGGAGCUGCGCUGCCGCUCACGCACCGACAUCUUCAAGAGCACCACACACGCCAUGCUCCGCCUGCCCAGCUACCGCUUCCGCCGCCGCUCCCGCUCCUCCUCGCGCUCCACCGACCCCUCCCGCUCCCGAGACCCUUCGCCCGUGGGGGGCGGCGGCGGGAAGAACUUCGGCUUACCCCCGUCGGCGCUGCUCUCCCAGGGGCCCAUCUCGGUGUCCACGUUGCCCAACCCGCACUCGCGCUCCCACACAGCCCUGGCGGGGGGCGACAUCUCCCUCUAUACGCUGUCCCGAGACCCCAAACUCGGGGGUCUGCCGCCCAUGUAUGGGACAGUGGACCGGGCCACCCUCUACCAGCUACACAACUGCUUCCCUAAGGACGGCGGCGGCGGCGGAGGGGGGGUGAUGUUGAGCGGCACGCUCCCCUCACUGAAAUCCCACAACCCUUCCAACUCUUCCAACUCCAACGUGCCCAUGUCCAACUCGGUGGGCUCCGGACCGCCGCCCUUCACCUCGUCCACAGUGGAUCGGGAGAGAGGGAUGGGGACUCUGGACAGGCUGAAGGGGGACAGGGAGAGUAAUUCCAACACCCUCAACAGGAAGACCACGCCUGUGUAGGGGGAGGAGUGGGCGGGGGGGUCGGGGGCCAUGACAUAUUCACAAGAUGAGUAAUAAUAACAACAACAAGAACAAAACUAUUUUGAUAUUUUCACCUGCUAGAAAUGAUUUAUUUUAUUAAAGAUCAACAUGCAAACUAACCUUGGGGCUAUUACGCAAUAUUAGCGCUAAUUUAGCACAGCUUUGCUAGCGCACAUUGUUGUUGUUGGGAUUAUUCUUUGCGUCAUAACUAGCGAUGGGCGUCAUCCUUUAUUCCCAUGAUUUAUUAAAGCGGCUUUUGAAUGAAUCACUCACUGGGGGAAUUGGGUACUCGAGUCACUCACCCCAGAGCGCAUGCGCAGAAACGGUAGCUGUAACAGAAGCUGGAGAUGCUCGUCGAGCACCCGUAAAUCAGUGAAACUCCAGUCUUUGUUGAGCGUCUGUGAGUCAGUGAACCUGGAGUCCACGUCAAGUACCCGUGAGUUGGCGAAACUCAACUCUUCGUUUAGUAAUCAUGUGUUAGUGAAAUUCGACUCUUCGUCUUCGUGUCAGGCAAACUCGAGUUUUCAUCGAGCACCCAUGAGUCAGUGAAAUUGGAGUCUUUGUCGAGCAUCCAUGAGCCAGUGGACCUCAAGUCUUCAGCAAAUGCCCGUGAGUUUGUGAAACUCAAGUCUUCAGCAAGUAGCAUGCAUGAGUCAGUGUCACACUUGAGCCUUCGUCAAUUACCCGUGAGUCAGUGAAACUCGGAUCUUAGUGGAGUACCCGUGAGUAAAUGAAACUCAAGUCUUCGUCAAGUACCCGUGGGUCAGUGACACUCCAGUGUUCGUCGGGUACCCAUGCAUAAGUGUCAUCGUAAACCCAUGAGUCACUCAAAUGCAGGUCCUCGUCGCAUAUCCAUGAGUCAGUGAAACCCGAGUCUUUGUAUUGUACCUGUGAGGCAAUGAGACUCUAGUCUUCAGCAAGCACCCGUGCAUCAGUGAAACUCAAGUCUUCAAGUAACCAUGAGUCAAUGAAACUCAUCAUGAGUCAAUGGAGUCUUCGCCGAGUACCUGAGAGCAUAAAUACUCGUGAGUCAGUGUGAAACUUGAGUCUUCGCAAUAUACCCCUGAGUCUGAGAAACUUGCAUCUUUGUCAUGUACUCGUGAGUCAGUGAAAUGGGAGUCUUCAUCAUGAACCCGUGAGUCAGUGACAUUGGAGUCUUCGUCAAGCAUCCAUGAGUCAGUGAACCUUGAGUACUCGUGAGUCAGUGUUAAACUUGACUCUUUAUCAAUUUCUCUUGAGGCAGUGAAACUCAAGUCUUUGUCAAGUACCGCAGAGUCAGUGACACAAGAAUGUUUAUUUAAUACCCAUGAGUCAGUGAAACUUGAGUCUUCAUUAAGUGCCCAUAAGCCACUGACACUUGAGUCUUUGUCGAGCACCCGUGAGUCGGUGAAACUCGAGUCGUUGUCACCCAUUCAUGAGCCAGUGAACCUCGAGUGUUUGUCGGGUACUCGAGAGUCAAUGAGUCAGUGAGACUCAUUGAAUAUCUGACAGUCAGUGGCACACGAGUGUGUGUUGAGUAUAUUUUUCAGUCUGUCAGUGAACCUCGAGUCUUCAGUCCUCGAGUCUAAAGACUUGAGUGUGGGCUGGUGGUCCCGAUCCACGGGUACUCAACAAAGACUCGAGUUUCACACGGACUUAUUAGCCAACAACUCAAGACGAAGAGUCAAAUUUCACUCACGGGAGCUCGACAAAGACUUGAGCUUCACUGAGUCACGGAUACUCAACAAAGACUCAAGUUUCACUGACCCAUGUUUGCUUGACGAAGACUCCAAUUUCAUUGACUCACAGGUUCAUGAUGAAGACUCCAGUUUCACUGACUUCACUGUAAUUUUACGAGAAUAAAGUUAAAAAAUGAAGAAAUAGAAUAUUUUUUUUUAAAGUCGUAUGGAGGAAAGAUGCAAUUUUAUGAGCGCAUUAUGAGGAAAAAUAAUGUGACUUCAGCAGCAUAGAGUUGAAAUAACAAAAAGUAUGUCCUUUUUUAACGUGGUAAUAUGAAGAGAAACAAACCAAACUAAAUCAAGUUGUCAUUUUUGGAAAUUUGGUUGGGGAAAAAGUUAUAUUGUGGGGCUAAAGUCAUAAUAUUACGAGAAGGAAAAAAAGAAAAAUAAAUCAACAGCACAUAUGGAUUUUCAUUUUUAAUUGUAGAAGAAUUAAGUCAAAAUAUUAAGAGAAAAAAUAUAUUUUCUCAUGGAAAACAGCCGCAAUUUUAUGAGAAUAACGCCGUAAUAUUAGGAAAAAUAAUGUCAUUCUAGUAGCAUAGAGUUGAAAUAGUAAAGAAAUAAUAAAAACCAAAUUUGUCAUUUUGGAAAAUUAGGCUGUGGGAAAAGUUCUAAAAUGAUGUAAAUAAAGUCCUCAUAUUAUGGGAAUAAAGUCAUCAUAGUGCGAGAAGAAAAUUCACAAGAAGAAAGUUGAAAUAGUUGGAAAAAAAAUAACUAACAAACUAAAAAAAUAACAAAUGGAAAAAAGUGCUGUACUCUUACGAGAAUAAAGUGAAAAUAUUAAGAAAAAUAAGUUAUUAUCUAAUGGGAAAAAGUCGUUUUAGUAGCAUAAAGUUGAAAAAUUAAAGAAAAUAGUUAUUUUUAAAAAGUUGUAUUAUGAUGAGAAACAAAGCUAAAUAAAAUUAGAAUUUAUGCAAAACGACGGUGGGGGAAAAAGUUUUAAUAUUAUGGGAAUAAAGUCACAAUAUUAAGACAAAAAUAAAAGAAUGGCGUGCACUACUUGGCUGCAGCCAGCGGAGGCGCUGUUUAGAACACCGACGUUAUUCUGCUCGCUACGUCACUGGCAUGCAGACAGGAGUUCAGAACCUUUGAAUGAGGUUUCAAAAAUGCACAAGACAUCAAUUAAUCAUGAAAUAUUCCACCUAAUAAAUAGCAAAUGUGGUGAAAUGCCCAUCUCUAGCUAUGGCAAGCUCGUUGAGUCAACAUUUACGCUGACUUGUACUGUGAUUUUUUUUUUUCCUCCAUGUUGACGAGCAUGAGUGUGCAGUCAUUUUUUUGGAGAGAAUUAUUUAUUUCAAUCACCGCCCUCGUGUGAUGCUCAUUUUCACAUGUGAAUAUUGUAAAUUGUCUUCCAAUAAUGAAAGAAAUGCAACAAUAGUGUGUGAGAGCGUGGGGGGAGGGGGGGUUCGGGGUUGUUAGUCUUCUUUCCAUUCUAAUGCGUGUAAAUCAGUAGUUCUUGUAGCUCUAGUCGUGUUGAAGAUGUUUGUUCUUGGGCAUUAUUAACACAAAACCUCUUGAUUGGAGGACACUGAAAAAAAUGGGGGAAAUAAAAAUAACAUGAACUUGUACAGAAACCAGCCUGAGUCAAAAGAUCUUAAAAAAAGGCGGAGAAAAAAAAAAAGAUAUCAUUUUUUUCUACAAAUCCCAAAGUCGUACGUGCAACAUCGUUGUCGGUGGCCAACAGCAAAAAAACAAAAAAAAAAGAUGCAUCAUGCAAAGGUGGGUUUCGAGGGCGCUUUGAGAACAAGAAGAAAGUUGUACAUUGUAAUUUCUGCAUACGUAUAUUUGUAAAGUCUUUUCUUACUUGGACUGGCUCCCCUUCUUCCCAAAGAUUCUUUUCACUGUGCUUCCUCGCUCCUCUGCUGUUGGAAUGGAGGGGAUGGGAACGGAAGCAGCCCCUCCCUCCCCGCUACCUGAUGCAACCUCCACCAAAACAACAACAAAAAAAACGCUUCCACGUUCUUUUUCCUUCCCAUUUCUUUGAUGACCUUAUGAAAAAAAUGCGCACAGAGAGCAUUGACGUGGGCAAUAUGAAGAAUCAUACAGUAUGUGGUAGAUCUAUAGAGACAAGUGAUUAUGGUUUAUCUAAAUGUCUGAUAAACUCAAACACUGUAUUGCACGAAGUUUAUAAAAAAAAACAAUGAAGAAUUACAAUCAA